UAAAGAUAUCUUAUCUACGUUUGAAGAAAAUGGACAUCACACGGAAGAGAACAUUAAACCAGCCCACAGAUAAAGCUGAGAAAGCAUCAACAGAUGAUGAUAACACAGCGACAUCUAAAUCCGCAGUCUUUUUCACAUUGUUCUUCACAUCAUGGAUAUUUGUCAUUGUUGAAAAGUGCAUCAAAGGCAAUUGGAGCAUAAUUGCAGUUCCUAGAUUUCCAAGUGAUGUCAACAGUUACAUUGAAAUUAAAACCUUUGCAAUUCUCACCGUGUGGUUUGUCCUGCAAUGCAUACUGUACAUGCUGCCCUUUGGUGGCGAAUUAGUUGAUGGACUCCAAAUUAAAGAAUCUAGAAUCAGACUUAAAUAUCGACUGAACGCAUUCUUUGUACUAACAGCAAACAUCAUCGGCUUUUUAAUAGCUUUAUUGUCUGGAAUUCGAGUGACAUCAGUGUUCGAUAAACUGCUACAGAUGACCACCUCUGGUGUUCUGUUGAUUCUACUUUCCAGCAUUGUAUUGUACCUCAGAGGUAGUAAAUCUGAUAAAACUGGAAAUGGUUUCAACGAUUGGUUCAACGGAGUAGAAUUAAAUCCAAGAUGGGGAUUGUUCGAUCUGAAAUAUGUUUGUUUUAGAAGUGGUAUUAUUGGGUGGAUUUUAAUGAACUUUAUCAAUAUAGCCAAGGCCUUUGAUAAUGGAGAUAAACCAUCCGUUACUUUACUGACAGUGGCAGGGUUUCAACUUUUAUAUGUUGCUGAUUACUUUUGGUUUGAAGAUGGCAUCUUGGUUUCGAGAGAUAUUGUCCAUGAACAUCUUGGAUACAACUUAUUAGUACAGUUUUUGAUGAUCCCGUUCUGUUUUGCUGUACAAACACGUUACCUGAUGAUGACGAAAUGUGAAUUACCAUGGUAUUGUCUUCUUGCCGUGAUAAUAUUAAAUUUAAUAGGAUAUUGGAUAUACAGAGGAAGUAAUUCAGAAAAGAACAACUUUCGAAAGAAUCCAAAUGACCCACAGUUCGCAAAUUAUGAAGUAAUUCCUACGUUAACCGGAAAGAACCUCCUUGUUUCUGGGUGGUGGGGUAUAUGUCGACAUCCAAACUAUCUAGGCGAUCUAAUCAUUUCAUUGACAUAUGCACUUCCGACAGGUUUCAGUUAUUUCCUGCCUUAUCUGAAUCCAUUGUUUCUGUUUGUGAUGUUAGUCGGAAGGGAACGUACAGAUGGCGACGAGUGUAGAAAGCGUUAUGGAGAAGCUUGGGAAACAUACUGUCAUCGUGUCAAAUAUAGAAUUAUUCCAUAUGUAUAUUAAAAUAAUUAUAACAUGGUGUUUGCAUUUAGUUAACAAAUAUUGUAAAUAAAGUUUACCCGCAAAAUCUAUCAAACAGCAAAAUGUAAACAGA